CACAUAAAUAAUAAAAUUUAUCUUCUUAAAAUGCUAGGUUACAUCCUCUUCGCCACCUUCUGCAUCACUCUCACUACCAUAGUAGCGACCUUGACUUACUGGACGCUGACCAAUUUCGACAUAGCUAUUCAAAGAAAGUAUCAGACCCCAAAAACCAGUAUUCAACCUGAAGGCCAAAGACUGAGAAAUCCCUUUAAACCCAAACCUCCUCAGAAGACCAUGAGUGGUAAUCCCUUCAGGGCAGAUAACAAGAAAGAAAACAGAAGAUUCACUCAGAAUAUCAGCAAGGAAGAUUUCCAUAAAGAACUCACUGAAAAACUCCAAGGCUUAGCAGGCCUCCAAAGUACCAUGGAUACCUCUCAGAUGAACAGGAGUCGGAACCAACCUGGGUCUUUGUCUUCUUCCACUCGGAAAAUGUAUGCUGAAUAUGAAGAAACACCUAGCCAGACUGAAAAGAGUGCAAGCCAGAUCGUCUCAAAUCUUCAGUCUUCUAAGAAACAGAAGAGUAAGACCUUUGACAACAGUGGCCAGUGGAAAAAGGAGGUUGAGAUAGGGUCUCUCCUCAGCUCCUCUUCUAGCUACGACACUGCAUUUGGUAGACUCAUUGAUGAAUACUCCAACAUCAACGACAGUGGGAUCAAGAUUAGCUGAACUAGCUCAAAUCUCUCCUAUGACUCAGAAAGAAGAAAACAAAAAUUCCUUAGAGAACAGAAGAAAGGACCGGCUCUCUGGGCGAAGCCAGAGUACAUCCAAGCGAUUUGCCGUCUCCAAAAGGCUUACAGCAGGCACAAUUUCUUCGGAGAGAAGGACAAUCUCCUAAAUCCAGACAUGAGCAAGAGCAAGGAGCAUCUGGAUCACAUCAUGAAAGAUCUUGCAGAAACAAGUAAUUCAUUAAAGAAAUAA